UCGAGCCUCCGAGCAGGUCGCGUUGCCAGGAGAGCCGUGCGCGAGUCGAGUCGAGCCGAGCAGAGCCGAGGCGCGCGCCAGAGGCUGCCGCAGAGAGCUCGAUACUACUGCUAGUCUUAUUUCUCUUCUGUCUCAGGAAACUGAUCACACCUUUUUUUUUUUUACAAAGGAGUUUUAAUGUUUUUGCGAAAUCAAGGACAUUAUACAGGGUGGUCGAGGCAUGACACUAACCAGGGGCUCCUUCACUUACUCAACUGGAGAAGAGUACAGUGGUGAAUGGAAAGAAGGAAGGAGACAUGGUGUAGGGCAGCUGAAGUUCUCUGAUGGCACUUGUUACAAGGGUCACUUCGAGAAUGGCCUGUUCCAUGGCUCUGGGGUCUUAAUGUUCCCCGAUGGAUCCAGGUAUGAAGGCGAAUUUGCCCAAGGAAAAUUCCAAGGUGUUGGAGUGUUUAGCAGAUUCGAUGGGAUGAAGUUUGAAGGAGAAUUCAAAAACGGCCGUGUAGAAGGACAUGGCUUGCUGACAUUUCCGGAUGGUUCCCAUGGUAUUCCACGGAACGAAGGGAUCUUUUCUGACAACAAGCUGCUGAAGCGGGAGAAGAGCCAGGCGGUGGUGCAGAGGGCCCGGAGCUCAGCUUGCACUGCACGCAGCCUCUCCGUAUGAUCGACACACUAAUAGUUUGAUAAUCACCAUACUGCUGCUCUCAGAUCAGCUUUCCAAACACUACUCCUUCUGCAGAGGUAAAGAUCGAGCAUGAAACUGAUUCAGGAUCUGCACACUUUCUGCUCUCUUUCACAUGGGCAUUACAGCAGACCCUCAAGAAUGGAUAACAGGGUUUCCUUUCCUUCUGUCUCUCAGUGCUGGUCUGUUUUCGAUACCUCUAGUUUAAUAUCAUAUAGAAAGAAAAAAAAACUGGGCAAGGUUAUUAUUGCUGCAUCAAUGUGAACUAUUUCAUCUUCGAUAUCGAGAAACCAAAGUCGCCAUCAACAACAUGGGGCUACUGAGUGUUUAAAAUGAGGAAUCUGUCUAAGUGUGAAUUUGUUUGCCUUUGUGAAACUGUAAUUGUGUACCUUCUUAAUUAUGUAUUUAUUUAUUGAAAAUUUUGUUUAUUUAAAUGUUAUAAUCAAGCACUUUUUAAUUUUUGGUGAAAACCGUCUGAGAAACAAUCUUGAAUAUAAAUUCAAAAUAUAAUAUCUGCAUUUGUAUAUACCUCAUGGAAAAAACAUCAUAUAUCCAGUAUUGAUGUUUGAGAUAAUCAGAAGCCUAUACACUCGGUGGACAUAUUUUAAGUGCACAGAUGAGGAAAUGCUUUUAAAAUUAAAGUCUGGACAGUGCAAGAGUC